AUGAUUCUUAUGUCAAACCUGAAUCGCACGCUCCUACCGGAUACGCCAGGUGACCUCUACGACAACCGCUGUUCAGAACAGAUCAUGAUACUACAGUCUCCACUGAAGCCUGCGAUACCAAUCGGAUCGCUACAGGGCAUCGACGACGGCACUAUAGUUGUUCUCAAACACUUCUCUACCGACUUGUGUGCCGACGCGAUCCGCCGCCUGUAUUGCAUUCUGCCUGAUUUACGCUUCUCUUCUCAACUAUCAGACUCCCCGAUACAAGAUGACACCGUCGGAGAUACCGGAACCGAGAUUAUAUGCGCCUGGUUCAGGAUAAUGAUACUAAAUGACAGCGAGGCUGACGCACUUGAGCGUGCAACAAGAUCGAAGAGUAUAGGCGAGUACUUGUCCGGUUGCCAAGCGAGCCAACUAGAGAUGUACUGCGACUUCUUCGAGAAGGCCUGGAGGCCUCAUGCUGUGCAAUAUCUUCGAGCGGCGAUCUGCGCGCAAACACUUGCUGGUGGUGAUAUGAAGACUGUUCGGCUACUCGGAGGAGACGUGCCUAGCACUAGUGAAGGUCUCCGAAUGACCAAGCCGUGCUGGGACAUAUUGUACCGCUGGUUUCCAACGCUGCUUACUCCUUGGACUGUGGCGAGCAUAUGCUCCAACUUUGAGGACUACACUACGCUUUGCAAGUUGCUCAUGCUCGGGCUGUACUGCGAGCACUGGUACAACACUUCAAGCAUCCUGAGCGAGUGCGCCACCGGUAUCUAUUUUGGUUUCAUCCCUACAACUAAGGGAGACUUCACCAAGACAAUCAAGACUACCAGCAAGGACGAAGGACUAGUACAAACCGAAGCAAGAAAUUACCUUUGUGGGCAAAUGGCUAUGGGCGAUCCCAAGACCCGAUACUUCUUGGAUGAGCUACGCAGAAGAACGAAGAGAUUAUAUCUUGUCGUCUAUGAAGGCACAAAUGUCGAUGCUACAGUCCAUCCUACCGAGGCCGACCUAUUCAUAAAGCGUACGCGCUCCGUGCAGAGCUUUGCGCACGAUGCUGAACCGGACUGGACUACCUUGGUCACACUGGAAGAUAUUAAGAACGAUUUGCGGUUGCGUAAGACCUCAAUGUACGACCCUAUCGUUGUUGACUCGUGGCAAUUCAUCAUCAUCGAUCGCGACGCGGGUAUGCCAUUCGAGCUGAUCGACAUUGUUCAAGACACGUUGCUCAUGCUCGCCGGUGAUCCUUCACCUCGGCGGAUAGCGAAACGAGUCGUGUCUGAAGUCAUACCACCCUCAGUGCAAGAGAUGUUUCUGGAAGAGAUGACCAUUGAAUGCUCGUCUGACAUGCGCUUCCCCGCACCACCCGAGGUGCAGUACGAAGGCCACCGAUACCGACACCACGCUCCUGACAGAAACGCCAUACUAGCCUAUCAAAAGAAGACAGCAACUGAGGUCCGUUCGCGGGACUCCAAUCGCUUCGUCCGAAGAGUCGUCGACGACAUGGAGCGCUGCGGCAUCGUCAGCCUAGUUCAGGAGUACGAAGAGCCUCAGACUCGUCCAGUGAUCAUGCAGGGCUCGGACGGCGCUCUUGAUCUAUACUUCCCGUACGAUGACAGCGACCAGACUUCCAUGAUACCCGAACUCCCUCUGCCUCCAGCCUCUUGCUUGCUAGACUUCGCUCAAGCUUUUAAACAACAAUGCCCCGAUGGUAUUAUGGCCAAAGGCUCGAUACAAACGCAUUAUUGCGCUUGGCCCAUGCCCGUCAUUAAGAGUCUUGGUAAUAUUGGAUUGACGUUUGCCACUUGGGAAGGCCAUAUAUAUCGUUGGAAUGCGAUGCCAUUCGAUCGUCCUUGGUCUGCUAAUGCAUGGCAAUACUACAUCCAGCACUGCAUCAACUCAAAGUAUCCCUUCGUAAUGUUUUACCUCACUACCUUCGUUAUCUGUGCAACAGGUCGAGAGGAUGCAGAAGACAAAGCGGCAACGCUGUUGGAAGAGACAGAAGAUCGUGGUUGGCACAUUGUCCUACCACGUGCGAGUGAGUGGAAGUCCGAUGUUGAUGACUUGAAACUAGAUACGCUGUAUGAGGGGGUCAGACCUGCCUAG